CAAUCUCAGCCCUUCAUUGACCGGCGACCUGAGACUAGGCUGAGAGGAAGAGUAGUGAGUGUGCGGUUUUGGAGUGUUACAAAAGGAGUUGUAUUUUUUGGCGUCCCCACUUUCACUCCAAACUGCUUUUCUCCCUUCAAAAUCCACCCUUCUUAGUUCUUACAUCUUCUUUCUUCAAUCUUUAAUUUUCAAUUUAAUUGAUUUCUUCCUUUCAUCUUCUCCCUUCACCCUGCAUAUUCAAUUCAAUUUCAUACUAAAUUAGCUGCUUCAAUUUAUCCUCAAACGUCGCUUCACUCAACUUUUAAUUUACAAUUUGAUCUUGGGUUUUGCGUGGUCGUCUUCAACCCCAACAAAUUUAGCCAUGGAAGUACAAACCCUUUCUUCCCCAUGGCAGUUCACCUGUGACUUAGAAGUAAAUUUUGAAUCAGACGAGAAGGCUUACAUUGUGUAUGCAGCGCUAAAUGUUGAUAAAGAGUUGCAACCAGAUAAAGUAAAGAGGGUGAUGUCAGUUUCCAAUGGAAAACUUGCAGCGCAUUUCGAAGCAGUAGAAGCUAGAUUUCUUCGUGCAUCAUUCAGUGCUUUUGUGGAUGUUCUGACUCUUGCAACGAGAACUAUAGAGGAAUUCAGUCCAGAGAAGGGAUUAUGAGACCUGGACUUGAGGUUUAGAAAGUAUGAUCUUAUUUAUCCAGACUCAUGUUGCUUGAAAUCUUUUUCAAUCAUUGAUGGAAUCCCCUUAUACAAUGAGUUGCUUUACCAGAAGUGGGCUGUCUUGAGAAGAUGCUGUACUCAGCUACUUAGCGUAAUUGAUUCUGUAUACAGGCAUGCUCUCAUGAAAUAGCUUGUAGUUCAUUCUAAUUUAGUUUUAUAAAAAGUUUUGUAUUUUUUGAUCCUUAAUCUUCAGAGCCCCUUAGCUAGAUAUUUAAUUUGAAUGUAAUUUUAUAGCAUGUACUCGGUUUUUUCUUCAUCAACCUUGCUGUUGCCGUGUUAAUUAUUAUUCUAUUGAAGAUGAUCUUCAUUUUGUUCA